AUGUUCCGAGCAGUGCAGAAGGCCGAUGCCGCCGUCCUCCUGGGUGGCUCCCUCUCGGUGCUUGCCCUGUCGUCUUGGUGGCUUCGCAGGCUGCGGCCGAAGCAGCAUCCUCUAGAUCUCCACGAAGGGGACUGCUCUUGCUGCACCCAGGCAGGCUCCACGAAGCUGUGCGAGCGAGGUGUGCCUGGCCGCCUCCACUACAACUACACGCCCUGUUCUGAGGGCGUGGUGCCGGUGACUUGCAAAGAUGAUGGGAAGCCCAUCCGAGUGCUCUUCAUCCAUGGCAUGUGGCAUGGCAGCUGGUUUUGGAGGCGCCUUCAGGACAUGCUUGCCGCUGCGGGAUUCGGCUCCUUCGCUCUGCACCUGCGGUCAGGUCGCAGCCAGCGCACCCGAAGCCACCUCGACGACAUCGAGGGCACGCUGGAAGACUUGGCCAAGCUACACGGGGAGAGCCACAUCGUGGUCGUUGGGCACAGCCAAGGAGGGAUCCUGUCCCAGUACCUCGUCCGCGAUGCCAGCGCGGUGGCGGAGCGGUUCGCUGGGGCAGUUUUCGCAGGCACUGUGCCCGCAUCCCAAUUCUGGGAGCUGGUCAAGAUGAUGCCCGUGGCCAUGCAACUCGUCAAGGACAUGGAGAUCAUAUCCAUUUUUCAUGGUCUGGGUCUGGUCGGUACGGCCUACUACCAGCUGACGGGCAGCCUGUGGUCAAGCUGGUGCAUGAGGCGGAUCUUCUUCCUUCCCUCUGGUCCGCAGAACACCACUGUCACUGCUGGUGGCAUGGAUGAGUAUGUUCAGCGGACGGUGAUGGAGGCACGCGCGGAUGGCUUGCCCACGUACGCGCACUACUUCGAUCGAGCCCACUCCUUUGCCAAGAUCAACCGCAAGCCUGUCCUCAUCCUGGCAGCUGAGCGUGACAUCAUCUACCCACCACCUACCAUGAACCCGAUAUUUCUGAAGCAGUUUCCCAAGGCUGACUGCAUUGUGGCCAAAGGCCAGGCGCAUUGCUUUGCUGAUGCCGGCUGGGAAGACUCUUUUGGGCAAGCACUGGUCAACUGGCUUUCCCAGCACUUUAAGCCAUGA